AUGAUGGUGCCUAUAAUGGGAGACGAACUUAAUAAAAAUUACGAGGAUUAUAAUUUGAAAGAAGUAAAAAUUUUAAUUAAUUGUGAAGAAUAUAGAAGUGUCAUCAAGAAUAUAAAUUGCGAUCAUGAUCGGCCGGCAUCUACUGACAACACGGAUGAUGAUGAAUUAAAAACUAUGGAUUCUGACGACAGUGAAGAAAGCCAGAAAAAUCAGUUAAGGUUACCAACAAAAAAAAAGAAGAAGAGAAGGAAAUCAUUGGAGGACAGUGAUUGGAGUGAUAGGGAAGAGACAUCGAGCCCAUUGCCGACUGAAAUGAAGAAGCAGGAAACCAUUUACACUUGCGACCAGUGCCCAGAGACCUUCUGGACUCCACGAGCUUUAAACCUGCACUUGAGGACACAUUUCAGCGCUAAAGGAGUGACAUUCACGUGCUCCCUCUGUGAGGACACAUUCAAAACUAACGAGGACUUGAUCGAACACAAGUACGUCCACGAAAAAGAGGACCUGUGUUUCACCUGCAAGAAGUGCAAAGUGGCAUUCUCCAAACACCUGGACUACCUAUACCACGGACUUAGGCACACGAAGACCACCAUUUUCAAAUGCAUAGAGUGCUCCCGCACGUACCAACUGAAGAAGAGCUUCAAAGAGCACUUAGCCACUCACUUUGACAGAAAAAUCAAAUGCCCAGACUGCGGGUUAACUUACAAGCAAAACAAGGACUACCAAACACACAGACGUAACGUCCACAGAGCUGGCAUACUGUGCGUUGAGUGCGGCAAGAGUUGCCACACGAAACGCGACCACGUCGAGCACAUGUUCUCGCACACCGGUGUUAAGGUGUUCCAGUGUCUGUACUGUGGCAAAGGAUUCUCCCGGGCCGGCCUCAGGCGGAUACACUUGAAGAGCCAUACAAAAUCCCUUCCAUUCGAAUGCACAGUAUGCUUCCAAAAGUUCCCCCUCAAAACAAGCCUUAAGCUGCACCAAAUCACCCAUGACCCCGAGAAAAGGUACCAGUGCGAUGUGUGCGGUCAACAGUUCUACCACAGGAACAGCAUAAUACAACAUGUUAGAAAGCACAUGGGCUACGGUCUGUACAAGUGUCCCCGAUGCGAGCGGUCGUUUACAACAUUCCAGAACCUUCGCGAGCACACAGAAGUAGCCCAUAUCAAAGUGAAACGCUUCAAGUGUGACGUGUGUAACAUCAAGUUUAACCGGAAGCGCACCCUCUACAAGCAUGUGAAGACAAAGCUCCACAAGAACAAUAGCUAUGCUGCCAAAGUGAGAAGUGAGACUAAUGUUGAC